AUGGACGUGUACGGUCUUCCGGGUAUGCACCAGGAACUAAAAGUGGAACUAGCGGCUGGAUCGUUCGAAUGCUUCCAUCAACGUCUACAGAAAGAUGCAAAGUUUUCUCUCUUCUUUGAAGUUUUAAAGGGGGCAGACAAGAACAUAGAUUUUGAAAUAAUUCAACCCGAUGGCAUGUCCUUACAAAACUUUCAGUGGACAAACGAAGGACAAGUUAACACUCGUGUUCCACUAGAUGGUGUAUACACAGUCUGCAUGGACAACAGGUUGAGUCGAUACUCCAACAAAAUUGUAUUCCUGUUCAUGAACUCCUAUUUUGAAGCUGAUUGGGAGAAGUUGUCAAAGGAUAUACAGGACUUGUAUGACGGGGUUGCCAAUGUCACUCAUUAUUUCUCAAUCCUCGAUGAAAAUGUAAAGAAGAUGAUGGGCUAUAAAUCACAGAAUGUCCACCAGAUCCUAAAGGACUGGUAUCUGAUCUCAGACAACAACAAACACGUCCAAAGGAUGUCCAUAAUAUUAUGCGCUGUCAUCAUCCUAACUUCAGUUCUUCAGGUAAUUUUCGUUAGGAAAUUGUUUACUGUUCCUAAAACAACACCCACGUCCAAACCUAGGGCAUAG